AUGCGUCUGCUUUGUGCCUUCCUUCUUUGGCUCUCUCUGAGCAAUGGCCUGGGCGCUAACUGUCCAGGGCGAUGCAGCUGUGAUGCCCCACAGUUUGUACAAUGUUACAGACUCCUGAAAGUACCUUCAGGCAUUCCUCCCACCACCAGGAGACUCUACAUUAGCCACAGCCGAAUCCAGCACCUUCAGCGCUCCAACUUCACCGGACUGUUGGCUCUGGAAGAUUUUAUCCUGCUGGCCAGUGGAACUGAGUCCGUAGAAAAUGACACCUUCAAAACCCUGAGUGCUUUAAGGACCCUGGAACUUUGGAAAAAUAAAUUGAGACGAGUCCCCAGUGCUCUCCCAGCCAACCUGGAAGUGUUAAAAUUAAACGAUAAUUCAAUAUGUGCUCUACACGGAUCAGAUUUUGAAGGACUGAAGAAAUUAAAAGUCCUUGAGCUUAAAAACAAUUUGAUCUCUUCCCUGUCUCCCAGCAUGCUCCCCUCGCUCAUCAGUUUGCAAAGGCUGAUGGUGGAUGGUAACAACAUAGAAUCUAUAGCUGGACCACUGAACCUUCCACAGCUCAAGUACGUGAGCAUGGAGAACAACAAACUCCAUCUUAUACCGGGGAACGUCUUCACUUCUCUGCAGAAUUUGCAGUUUCUCAGUUUCAGUGGUAACUUUCUGACGAAGAUUCCUAUAAAUCUACCCAAGUCCUUGCUAUCCUUAAAGAUGGAGAGAAACCAGCUCAAAGCCAUUAGGUUUCGAGAUGUGAGACACUUGGAGAACCUGUCCCAUCUUUACCUGUCAGAGAACUUCCUGUCUUCCAUUGAGGGGGUGCAGCUACUUACCAAUUUAACUACUCUUGAGGUCUCCCAAAACCGGCUUCAAAUGUUGCCGCCCAGGCUCCCGGUGAGGUUACAGAAGCUUGAUUGUAGCGGUAACUUCAUUCAGAAAGUGACGGCACCAGAAUUCCAGGACCUCCGAGACCUGAAGCACCUGUUUCUAGACAACAAUGUCGUCAGCUUGUUCGAGGCUGGAGCCCUUCAGAGGUGUUCUCAGCUGUCCAACCUGGCCCUGGAGCAGAAUUUGCUAUUGUCCAUACCUCUGAGGCUCCCUAAGACCCUGGCCAGGCUGGACCUCAAAGGCAAUGCCAUCCAGGACAUGGCUGAGAGGGAGCUCAGGGACCUCAAACUGCUUCAGGUUCUCAACCUGAGGAACAACAAGAUCUCUGCCUUAGACCUCAAGGUGCUGGAGGGGUUGCCCCGACUCAGGCACCUGUACCUGGAUGGAAAUCCCUGGAACUGCACAUGUAGCCUCCUACGAGCCAGGGAAGUCCUGAAGGCCAAGGGCACGGAUGUGAAAGGAGGCCAGUGUGCCGCCCCAGCGGAACGACAAGGGGAGAGCUGGAUGUCUUCCAAGAAGAUCGCAAGACAGUGCGAGCAUCACAUACGCCAGAACGAGAAAAGCAAAGAGACCAAGAAGAAAUCAAAACCGGAAGACUCUUCCAGCAUCAGACUCAGCGUGGAUGACGACGAUGAUGAUUAUGAGAUAGAUUAGAGAUGAGCGUUGUUUUUCAGUUUAGAAAAUGAUUUUUAACGUUCACUCUCUUAA